AUGGACGACGAUAGGUGCGGAAGAUGUGGUGCUAGACACCCAACGGACAAGUGCACUGCCAAAACCAUCCUGCUCAAAAAGUUCUGGCCAGCUGCGAAGAUAGAGGAAAAACGCGAAAAAGAGAACGAGUGGCACGACAAGGAUAAGAGCCGCCCAUGGAUCAACAUCGAGGCUGACAAAUGCAAAGACGACAAAACGGGCAAACCCAUCCUUAACACACAACUUAGAGCGCAGCCUCGAUCUGGUUCCACACCCGCUCAAGCCGGAAACGCCGCUGUCCAGCCUGCUCCUCCUCCUCCAGCCCAGGAGCAGCCAACUGACGAAACCCCUCAGCCGGAAGAUCAGCAGAAAGUUCCUCCUCCUGCUACGCCUGAUGCCGUUUCGGAGAAGUCUCCGUGGGGCAACCCUAUGAAACCUGCGUCAUCGCCUCAGGCGAAAAUUUCUACUGACGCCGAUCGGGACGUCCCUGCGAAGUCAAUUUCGCAAAGCAACACUGCACAGGUCGCAAUGUCGGACACUAUGCAGACAAAGCCGGUCAACAAGCCGCAACGGAUGACGUUUCCUCCCCCAAAAUUUGAAAUGCCCAAGGCUGUUUUUGCGAAUGCGGAGAACAAAUCCAUUCACAGAAAUCAGACGCAUUCAAUGAAGGAGCUAGACGCCAAAGUCAACUACGAAAAGAAUGCUCCAGAAGCUGACAUAGAGUCCAAAAGUAGGCGUAAAGAGUUUGGCUUCCAAAACGAAACCGAAGUUACGACAAAUUACGUUUGGGUUCGCAGUGUGCCUCCACAACUUCAUGAGUACAAAAUUGAGAUUGGGUUGGUUAAAAUCAAGACGCAAGGAGAAGACGCACCCAAAACGAAGGAAAUCAAGCGCCGCAGCGAGCUCCGCCAGGUCUUUGAAGGACUGAGGGAAUCUUACCCUCUCAGUGGUAAGGAUGACUGGGCUACUGACUUCAGUUACGUAUGGUCUGUCAGUGAGCUCUUCAAAGGAACAGAGCUCACUCUCCGAGACUUCGAGUACCGCAAGCAAAGCGGCAAGAGAGCUGUAAUUUCCGAUGUCAUUUUCAAACUCCAACAGAUACACAGCUUUGCGGACGGUGUACGAGGUCUAAUCCACCGCCCGGACAAUACCAACAACACGGCAAAUCAGACCAACUCCACCGGAGUAGCUCAGAAGUUGCGAGCGCUCAACGCAAUCGUCUCCAGGUAUAUGAGUCUCUCGACGGAUUCAACCACGCAGGUGGGCGCCAACCGCUUCUUCCUGAACCACGGAUACACAAACUUGGGGUCUUCACCGCUACUCGCCGUCAGAGGAUACUUUUCCUCGCUGCGCCCCGGUAUGAGCAAGAUGCUUAUCAAUAUCAACACGUCAACCAGCGUGUUUUUCAAGCCCAUCCUUGUCUCCGAGUUUCUGGAAAGGGCAAAAAGAGACUGCAAUCUCACUCGCGAUGUUGCAAAGCGCAUACUGAAGGGUGUCACUGUGCGAAUUACCUACAAUAGGCCUUGGACUGGCGAUGGCGACGAUCCCGGCGACGAUCCCAACGCCGAGGUUAACAGACGAAGGGUCAUCGCCGGCUUCGGAGACCUCCCAGAGAAUCAGACAUUCAAAAAGGAUGGAAAAAUUACCAACGUGUUCGACUACUUCAGGGAACAAGGCGCGCCUCUGAGAAGGGGUGAUUCUCAAUGCGUAAAUGUAGGCGUGGCCAAACCAGGCUGCGAGUGCUGGAUUCCGGCCCAGCUACUAGAAAUUGUGUACCCGCAACCCUUUACAUCUGUGCUGCCAUCGAUGUUGACCAGGGAUAUGUUGAGAGCGGCGCUGCGUAGACCAGCAGAAAACGCCUAUCUGAUUCUCUCGGAAGGCCUCGUACACCUUGGUAUUGUAGACGACCCCACGAAGGUGCAACGUAAACUCUCGGCGAAGAACAAGCCAUUCAAUUUGAAAGAAGACAUUUCUUUUGACGUAGACGACAAGCUCAUCAAUGUCCCAGCGCACUUCCUUCCCCAACCGAAACUCAACUAUGGCAGAAAUCAGUCACUUAACAUACGAUCUGCAAGCUGGAAUCUUGUUCAAGGGCGAGGAAAUGAGGUUGCUCACCAAUUUGUGCAGUCUUCCCACCUCCCAGGAAUCUUCAUACUUGAUUUGUGUUAUCCACACUGGCGUUUUGAGGACAUCAAAACUCUGGCAUCCAACCUUGUGGACACACUCAAGGCACAUGGCAUCACUGUGGGCGCGGGACGUGCUUCCAAGCCAGGCACUGUGUCUAUCAACAGGGGGGGAAGUUUCAAUGAAUCGGCCGUCGCCCUGGUGAAAAGGUUUGAAACAUACAUGAAGCAAGCAGCUGUCACGCUCGUUCUACUGCCCAAGGGAGACGAUAAUGACAUCUACGCCGCCGUCAAGAAGGCCUGCGACGCGAAGGGUCUGUUGACUAUCUGCACUAAGGGCACGCCCUCCCAAUUGACAAAUGGUCAGCGACUUUCCAAUCUGGCUUUGAAAUAUAGCCUCAAGACCGGCGGACGACCACACGACGUUGAUCGCAAGAGCUCCGGUUCCUUCCCCUCUGAGGACACUAUGGUUCUCGGCGCAGACGUCACGCACCCUGCACGCGGUGCUGUGCAAGGUUGCCCGUCCGUCGCGGCGGUCGUAGGGAGCUUCGACAAACAUUUCAUCAACUAUGCCGGCUCUAUGCGACUGCAGCGCUCGAAAAGCGAAAUCAUCGCUGGCAUGCAUGCUAUGGUGACCGAGCUGCUUCAGAUCUACAAGGGUAAGAAUAGCAACCGCCUACCCAGAAACAUCAUCUUUUACCGCGAUGGUGUCAGCGAGGUCCAAUACCAAGACGUUCGCAAAAAUGAGAUCAAAGCCAUCCGUGAUGCCUGGGAAGACAUUCACAGGGAAGACACUGCCAAGAGAGGGACCGUAAAGAAAGACAACACCGAGGAAACGGUCAAGAUAACGUGCCUCGUGGUCGGGAAGCGGCACCACACGAGGUUCUACCCUAAGAACGAGAGAGACAAGGACCGAACGAAUAACACGAGGCCGGGUCUGGUUGUCGACUCGGUGAUUACGCACCCUUACUGCUACGACUUCUUUCUGCAGGCGCACGCCGCCCUCCAAGGCACCGCUCGCCCCGCGCACUACUUCCUCCUGCGCAACGACAUGGAGCUGAAGGAGAAGCAGCUCGUGGAAGUCACCCACAACCUCUGCUACGUGUACGGCAUAGCUACCAAGGGCAUCUCGUACUGCGCGCCCGCGUACCUCGCUGACAAGCUGUGCGAGCGUGGUCGGGCGUAUAUCCGUGACUGGCUGUUGUAUCGAUCGUACACGAUCCCUCCAUCGACGGCCCACGAAACCAUCGAGCAUUGGCACACGAGAAUCGCUAAUGAACUGAUGAGUCACACCGACUACAACGAUCAGAGCGGUAGCCGGAAGAACCCCUGGCACCCCUCUCUUGACGACAAGAUGUUCUGGGUCUAG